AGCCCUGCAGAGGGAGAGGGGAUGGGGAUGAAGAGCUGGGAUUUUGGGUUCUCCUUGCCUGGGGUUUUGGGCUCAGCAGGAAUUGACCUCUCUGCUGGGGAUGCUCUGGUUUCUGUGUCCCCACCCCAGCGAGGGGGUUUCUCUGUCAGCUCUGAAAUCCAAGAGAGUCUGACAGGGCCGAAAGGCUGUGAUGAAGAACCAGGGGGUGGAGACCAAAGGAGCCCCACGUCCCUCUGGUGCUUCCAAAACGAGCAGCGGGAUGGGGCUGGAGGAGGGAGACUCACCCGAGGCUGCAGCACCUCCAGAAGCUCCCCUCACUCAGGAGGACUCCAAGUCCUCCCGGGAUGUGUCCGAGGAGCUGAGCCGGCAGCUGGAGGACAUCCUGAGCACCUACUGUGUGGAUGCCAGCCAGGAGGGCCCGGCAGAGGACGGUGGGCACGGGGAGCCCCCCGAGCCCGAGGAGCCCGACAAGGGCCGCCCCGAGUCCCCCCGGAACGGGGAGCAGGAGCCAGGAGGCCCCGAGAUGAACGGGGAGAAGGAGAACUCCAAGGGCACCGAGGAGGGCGGGGACAGAGACCAGAAGAAGGCUCAGGAGAAGAAGAAAGCCAAGGGUUUAGGCAAGGAAAUCACUUUGCUGAUGCAGACACUGAACACCCUGAGCACGUCAGAGGAGAAACUGGCAGCUCUGUGCAAGAAAUAUGCUGAGCUGCUGGAAGAGCACCGUAACUCCCAGAAGCAGAUGAAGAUCCUGCAGAAGAAGCAGACACAGCUGGUGCAGGAGAAGGAUCACCUGCAGAGCGAGCACAGCAAGGCCAUCCUGGCCCGGAGCAAACUGGAGAGCCUGUGCCGGGAGCUCCAGAGGCACAACCGCACCCUCAAGGAGGAGGGCGUCCAGCGAGCACGGGAGGAGGAGGAGAAGAGGAAGGAGGUGACAUCCCACUUCCAGGUGACGCUGAACGACAUCCAGCUCCAGAUGGAGCAGCACAACGAGAGGAAUUCCAAGCUGCGCCAGGAGAACAUGGAGCUGGCAGAGAGGCUCAAGAAGCUCAUCGAGCAGUACGAGCUGAGGGAGGAGCACAUUGACAAGGUGUUCAAGCACAAGGAGCUGCAGCAGCAGCUGGUGGAUGCCAAACUCCAGCAGGCCCAGGAAAUGCUGAAGGAGGCAGAGGAGAGGCACCAGCGGGAGAAGGACUUUCUGCUGAAGGAAGCUGUGGAAUCACAGAGGAUGUGUGAGCUGAUGAAGCAGCAGGAGACCCACCUCAAGCAGCAGCUGGCUCUCUACACAGAGAAGUUUGAGGAAUUCCAGAACACCCUUUCCAAAAGCAGUGAAGUGUUCACAACGUUUAAACAGGAGAUGGAGAAGAUGACCAAGAAGAUCAAGAAGCUGGAGAAGGAGACCACCAUGUACCGCUCCCGCUGGGAGAGCAGCAACAAGGCUCUCCUGGAGAUGGCAGAGGAGAAAACCCUCCGGGACAAGGAGUUGGAGGGGCUGCAGGUGAAGAUCCAGCGGCUGGAGAAGCUGUGCCGGGCCCUGCAGACGGAGCGCAACGACCUCAACAAGAAGGGGCUGCGAUCCCCAAAAUCUGGCGCAGCUCAGGAGGGCAGGUCCCUGGAUCUGUGUCCCAUGGAAUGCGCCGGCUCCGCCUCUGCUGUCACAGCGACUCUGGCACCGAGUGAAAGCCAAGGAACAGAGCUGGGAGAACCACGGCGCUGGAUUCUCCCGCUUCCCUCUCCUCCAGGCAGGAGGGAGCUCCUGGACUUGCUCCUGUGUGAGCUGGGGGUGCAAGAGGCCGUUCCCCUGCUCUGUUCUGUGUGUGGAAGGGGCAAGAGGAGAAGCAGGAAGGGCGUUCCCGGUCCUGUCCUGCGGGACUUUCACUCUUCCCAGGACCUGCCAAUGUCUCAAUCGCCUUACGAUUCACAGUUGCCUCUUUGCUGAACGCACAUGUGCACAAGUGUAUUAAACAGUUAAUCCAAAGGUCUAAUUCCCAAGUGUUUUGCACAAGUGUGUCAUCGUUGUGCAGGGGGACGGGGCCCCCCAAGCUCCUCUGCCCCAUCCCUGGGGGCACCCACGGAGCUGGGGCUCCAGGAGGAUAAACCCUGUGUCUGCUCCAGGAUCGCCGGGACCAGCUCCAGGACCGUGGGCCCUCCAGCCUGGGGGUACCUGUGCUAUCCCAGACCCUCCUUUUCCCUUCCCUCUCUGCCUUCUUGGAAGAGCAUCUCCCCAGUGCUGCCUCACCCCGCUCACCUCAAGGACCCGGCUGUGCUGGGAGGGUGUUCAGGGACAGACGUGGGACCUGCUGGCACCGGGUUUUGGGAUUUCUCCUUAGUUUCUCAAGACUUUCUCUUUCCAGUGUUCUUUUGGAAGACUUGACGUGCUUCAACCCUCCUUCGCUGCAGCUUCUCUGUGACAGACUUGAUUCCCAGCAUUGCCUUCCUUCUGCUGGAAGCUGGAGCCAGCUGGCUGGAGACAUUCCCCACCGUGGAUGUGUUCAGUGGAACAGCUUUGGAUUCUCUUCUGGCAACGCAGCUGCUCUCGCAUCUUCUCUCCACGAAGGACCUGCCUCCUUGUCCCCCUUUCCUCUGCAGGGACCCCAACGAGCCCAGGCCCAGGGAAGGGUCUGUCUGCAGCAGGGAUGGGCUCCAACGAGUCUGCACAGAGCUGCGGUUGAACAUCCACUGGGACACAUUCCCUGGAGCUGAGCAUGGCUUUGCCUUCCAGUAUUUGCCUCUGGAAGGGUCUGGCAGGAGCCCCCGAGCAAGUGAAUGUAGGUCUGGCCUGGUGGGACCACCCUGUUCCCAGCAGCCAGGCUGAGGAGGGGCUGCUGCCGGGAUCAGGAUCUGGGCAUCUCUUCCUGCUCCUUCAGUAAAAGGAAAAACCCCUUAGAAAUUCACCAACUCCCCCUCCCUGUUUUUAUUUCUUUUCCCCGUUAUGGUACAGAAAACCCCUGUGGGGGCUGUUGUGUGUAUCCUGUAUCCAAUAGAAACGCUCCCAACCUC